AUGGAUUUGAAUUCAAAUGCAGAUUUUCCCUCUAACAUUUAAACAGAUGGGUUGAUAUAAUUAAAAAGAGAAUAAGUGAGAAAUUCAUAAAGAAAAGAAGACAUACAAAAUAAAUUGCUCCAAAAAAGACAACAAUACAUUUAUUAAUAUGAAUAAUUGUAUCUAAAAUAAUAGGAACUCAGAAAAGAGGUGUGUUUGUAUUAUAUUUUAAGGAACUUGCCUUAGUGUUCAAUAAAUCUAUUGAAUAAGUUAAUGAUCACUUUUAUUUAAAUGAAGUGACAGCUGCUCUAGAAAUUAUGGUGAAUUUAGAAUCCAAACUUGAAAAUAUUACAGAUAUACCUGAACAAUUAUGUGUUAGUUCAUUUACAAAUGUUUUGAACCAAUUAGUGGCACAAUUGUCUGCCAAUAAUCAAUUAGAAUUCUACCUUUUAACUUUAUCCUUUGAUUCCAUAAAUAUAUCACUCUUUCCUUAAGAAUAAUCAGUUAUGAGUGACUAUUAUUCCAAGACAUUAGAGUUACUUAAAAAAGAGAAACAUAGACAUGCCUAACAUUUCCUUACAAAAUUAUAUUAAAAUAAUCCAUUAUGGUUUGAGGCAGUACUCUUUUAAGAGUUUCUUUAAAUCAAUAAGAAAUUAUUUGAACUUCUACUCAAACAUAUCGAAAACUAAACUGUUUGGAUAAUAUUAUCUUAAUUGAAAUUUGUUCCUUAUGAUAACUUAAUAUUUUCAACAAUAUUAAAAAACAUUUCAAAGAAGAAUGCUUUCCUACUCUUGAGAAAGACUUUAUGUUAAGAAGAGUACUAAAUAAAAUACAUCCAAGCUAAUAUCUUUUAUCUAUUUACCUAAGUAUUAUAAUAAUCAGAUGAUAAACAAUACUUCUUAAAUGAAGUUAUAGAUUGCAUUCUUAGCAUUUGUUGUGUAAUUAUUAUAAUAUAUAAACUUUAAGCUAAAAUUUGAAUUAUUCGAAAAAGUAAUUACUUCUGGUUUAGCCCUUGUUAUAUCUGCUUAAUCGAUUAAGGAUUUCACUGUUGAAGUAAAAACCAUAUUUUAUUUUAGGGAGUCUAAAAUUUAUAAAGGAUUGUUUACUGGAUGUGUAGCAGUAAAAGUGAAUUAUUGAGUAAAAACAUUAAAGAAGGGAUAUGGUUUUAGAAUAUUUUCUUAAUCUUAUUGCAAUAACAAUUGAAUCAUGUAGUCUAAAUUAAUACUUUGGAUAUAUUGAAAUAAUAGUUUAAAUCAGAUUUAGGUUGUCAUUUCAAAGAGUUUUUCAGAACUACAUAUUAAGUACCAGAUAAUAUCUAAAUUUUGAUCGAAAGAUACUUAUGA